AUGUCAUUUUCAGCAGCUUCGUCGACGUUGGUGAAGACGGUUUGCCGCUGUAUGGAGCGGAUUGCUCCAUUGCGUCUAGCGGAGUCCUGGGAUAACGUCGGGCUAUUGCUAGAGGCACCUUUCCAGCGUGCAGGGAAUCAAGUGAUGCUCACCAUCGACGUCACACCACCCGUCGUCGAAGAAGCACUCGCGUCCAAAACAGCGUGCAUUAUAUCUUAUCACCCAACGCUGUUCAGGCCCGUAAAGUCGAUGACCCUGGCUACCCCGACGCAGGCUUCCCUGCUUCGCCUUGCUGCUGCGGGUAUAUCCGUGUAUUCCCCCCACACAGCCCUUGACAGCGUGCAUUUGGGGAUCAACGACUGGCUUGCGAUGGGCCUGAUAGGGGUCAUGACCAGUGAUAAGUAUGAAGUCAAACCGAUAGGGGACAUGAAGGACGGGGGAGCGGUGGGGCGUAUAGUCCCGCUCGGCGAAGGGGUUGAAUUCAGUGCCUUGGUGGAACAGGUGAAGAGAAACUUGGGGUUAACGCAAAUUCAGGUCGCCUAUCCGUAUUCACGGCCAUCAUCAAAGGUCAGCUCUGUCGCUAUCUGCGCCGGCUCUGGGGCAUCCAUCCUCCUGGGGUCAGAUGCGGAUGUGUAUUACACAGGUGAAAUGUCUCACCAUGAGGUCCUUGCUGCUAUCAGCGCAGGGAAGUACGUCAUCCUCUGUGGACACACGAACACGGAGCGCGGCUUCCUGCCGACGCUCAAAGGCAAGCUGGAGGAAACUGAACUCGUCUCAGAGCUGAAAAUGGAUAUCGUUGUUAGUAAAGCAGACAGACACCCCGUGGACAUCGUCUGA